AUCAGUUCUUGACAGUGUAUAGUCAACAUCGUGUGAUUGUGAAUACAAUUGUAGUCCAGGUCAAGGAAGGCUAGAUAUCUUGCAUGGGACGCGUGGACUCAAAAACCUGGUUGGGGAGACGACGACAGGUAAAAUAUACAGAAAAUCAAAAUGCAGAUAUCGAUAUCCUUUAUGUGGUUCGUCGCAGUGAUAGUGUUGCAGGAAUUAUCUCCCUUGCAUGUCUCUUGCCAACAAUAUCAGCUCGUUGCUACAAAGGAGGGAUUCUAUGUUAAGCUGUCAUCAAUAAUAGUUAUCCAUCACACGACCUCUCAGCCUUUUAUGUACCUUGGCAGUGGGGAAUUAUCGGUAUCAGAAUUUCGUGGUAAUUUCAAAAUGAAUGAUUAUCUCACUGAACGGGUGGCAUUAACAAAUUACACCCACGUGCAAAGCAAUGAUUCAGACGUCUUGGAACUCUUCAGUGAUGACAACACCUUUCAGGCCACGGUUACCCUUCAGUCUACCGCUGCAGUUCAGCUCAGCGUGGACAUAAGUGUCCAGCAGACAUUUGGUAGUGUUAACAGGAUGUGGGUGAGGCUUAAGUCGGACGACAAAGAACACCUGUAUGGUGGCGGAGAGCAGUAUUCCUACUUUGAUUUGAAAGGUCGUGUUUUCCCAAUAUGGACCCGCGAGCAAGGUGUUGGAAGAAACAGGAGUGAAUUGGUUACCUUCUUUGCGGAUCUUUUGUAUUCCGGGGGAGACUAUCACACCACCUAUUACCCACAACCAACAUUCAUCAGUUCAAAGAAGUACCUCUGCCACGUUGACACCAAGGCUUAUUCCGUCAUGGAUUUUUCACAUGUUGACUUCCACGAAAUUCAAAUAUAUGCAGAAUCGGCAAGCAUUCUAUUCAACUAUGGUACCGAUUUUCCUGACAUAAUAAAUAAAAUGUCAAAUAUGUUUGGUAGGCAACCUCAGCUCCCAGAAUGGCUGAACACUGGUGUGAUCAUUGCAACUCAAGGAGGAACGAACGUGAUGCGGAACAAUGUGACGGAGUGCCAGAAACAUGGAAUGCGUGUGGCUGGGGUGUGGAUACAGGAUUGGGCUGGCUCCCUCAAAACAUCAUUUGGUUCUCGCCUUUUUUGGAACUGGAAAUGGAACAAAACAGCUUAUCCAGGCCUGGACGAGGCCAUUGUGACGUUAAGGAACCAAGGGAUACAGGUCUUAGUGUACAUCAAUCCAAACCUGAACGUACAAGGUGAACUGUUCAAAGAAGGUGAUUCGAAGGGGUAUAUGCUGAAAAAUAACAGGAACGAGACGAUUAAGGCUGAUUUUGGGGAAUUCCUUUGUGGAACUGUUGACUUGACAAAUCCCAAGGCUUUUUCUUGGUAUAAAGACAUAAUCAAGAAAAAUAUCCUAGGCCUGGGUAUAAGAGGAUGGAUGGCAGAUUUUGGCGAGUACAUCCCAGAAGACGCUCUAUUCUACAACCAGAAAUCCGGCCUUGAGAUGCACAAUGAGUUUCCGGCUCUUUGGGCGAGAGUUAAUCGAGAGGCUGUGGAGGAGAUGGAUUUGCUUGGAGAUGUCUUCUUCUUUAUGAGAUCGGGAUAUACAGGCUCUCAAAACUAUACGGUUGCCAUGUGGGCCGGGGACCAAAAUGUGGAUUUCAGUUACGGAGAUGGAGUGGGGACAACCGUCACGGCUGCGCUGUCAAUGGGAAUGUCCGGAAUGGGGCUAACUCAUUUUGACAUAGGUGGCUAUACGACCGAAGGACAAAAAGGGUUGCGUCGUUCUCAAGAAGUUCUCUUGCGGUCUGCAGAAAUGGCCGUAUUUACUCCUACCAUGCGAACACAUGAAGGAAAUCAGCCGUCGUUCAACACACAGUUCUACUCGUCUCCGUUGCUGUUAAACCAGUUUGCUCGACUGAGCAAGAUGUUUACAAUGUUGGCCAACUAUACGCGGAGCGUCGUUCUGGAAACGUCGACCACGGGACUUCCGGCGCAGAGAGCACUGUUCAUUCAUUAUCCUAACGAUUCACAGUCUUACACAAUCAAGUACCAAUACCUGCUAGGCCCAGAUCUCUUGGUGGCUCCAGUCUACUUAAAAGGUGCUCAUAAUUGGACAGUGUUUUUGCCUUCUGACCAGUGGAUACAUUUGUGGUCUGAGCGACAAUUCAAGGGUCCUUUGAAAGUUUCUGUCCCUGCCCCUCUUGGACAGCCGCCAGUUUUCUACAGAAAAUCAUCAACCUGGAAAGACACAUUCAAACUUAUUUCUACCGUAAAAAUCCCACCUCCCACAGGCGCUGGCGUUAGCGAACUAUUAUAUAUUCCUUUUAUGCUAAUAUGUUUGUUCUUUAACGCAAUAGUCUUCUAUUAG